UUUAUGACCUGCAUCACACAGAUUUGUGGGUGAUGCAGUGGAGGGGUUGAAAGGGAUGAUUUCCCAGAGUCAGGAAGUGUUCUAGGAAAUUGGCGGUGUUCCCUUCUUCUCCUGGAACCACUCCUGCUGGCACUAUACUGUACCUCCUCUCUGGACCAGAGCAAGGAGGACUGGCAGCCCCCCUGAUAUGGCGUCCAUUAACAAGAAUGGGAGCAGCUCUCGCUUACAGGAUCGGAAGCCACCCAACCUAUCCAUUACCAUCCCUCCUGUGGAAGGCGAGAGAGACCCCAAAUUAAUGCAGCCUCUCGCCAAACCAGUGUUCCAGAAGAGUGUCAGUCUGCAAGAGCCACAACGCCACGUGGCAGAAGAGGGGACUGCAGAUGUGAGACCGGGCUUUAGAAGGCAGACAUCACUUUCUCAGAGCAUAAGAAAGGGAACUGCACAGUGGUUCGGUGUGAGCAAUGACUGGGAAGGUAAAAGGCAACAGUGGCAGAGGAAGAGCCUCCACCAUUGCAGCCUCCGCUAUGGGAAACUCAAACCCCAGUAUCAGAGAGAUAUUGAGCUUCCAAGCCAGGAGACGCCAUCUUUCCAGGCUACUGAAUCACCAGCUACACAUCGCCUUCCCAAGAUUGUGGACCCUUUGGCAAGGGGUAGACCAUUUCGCCAUCCUGAUGAGGUGGACCGGCCACGGACCCCCCAUGUGGGCUUGCCCCCUCAGACCCCAGGGAUGCUAUCACUUGCUUCUUUCACUAGCGUGCGCUCAGGUUACAGCCGCUUCCCUCGACGCAAGAGAGAGAGUGUAGCCCACAUGAGUUUCCGUGCAGCAGCGGCCCUGAUUAAGGGCCGUCCUAUUUUGGAUACCCCUCACAGCCGGCGGGGAGGCCAGAAGAGAAGCUUUAUCUACCCUAGCUUUAUGGAUGAGGACACGGUAGAUGCUGCAGAAACUCUGGACUCUUCCUUCUUUAGUAAGGUGGAUAUGCCCGAUGAGACCUUCUCAAUGCCAGAUGACGUGUUUGAGUCUCCCCCUAUGUCUGCCUCUUAUUUUCGACCUCCUUUACCAACUCCGGACUUGAUGCCUGUGGCAGCUAUAGAAGCAGUGAAAGAGCCUGUGAAGUCUGUUCAGGUUUUUACCACUGAUGCUCGAAGGGGUAAGCGUAUUGCCUCCCAAGUAAAGCACUUUGCAUUUGACCGCAAAAAACGCCUCUAUGGCCUUGGGGUGGUGGGGAACUGGUUAAACCGAACAUACAGGAGGAGCAUCAGCAGCACUGUGCAGAGUCAAUUGGAGCACUUCAACAGCCACAGGCCUUAUUUUACAUAUUGGAUCACCUUUGUCCACAUCCUUAUCACCAUCCUCGCUAUUGCAACGUACGGCAUUGCACCUAUUGGCUUUGCCCAGCACACCACCAGUGAACUGGUGCUCAGGAAUAAAGGCGUGUAUGAAAGUGUGAAAUAUAUCCAACAGGAGAACUUUUGGAUUGGGCCGAGCUCAAUUGCUCUGAUCCACCUUGGAGCCAAAUUUUCUCCUUGCAUAAGGUACGAUGAGCAGAUAAAGAACCUCAUAGAAAAGGAACAUGGCCUAGAGCGGGAGUCCGGCUGCUGCAUUCAGAACGAUAAAUCUGGCUGUGUACAGACACAGAGGAAGGACUGUUCGCCUUCAACGAUAAAUGCACUCUUGUUGCCAGGGUCACUGACCCAUCAACCAGAAAACAGAUUGACUGAAACACUAGCCACGUUCAUCAAGUGGCCAGAACAUGAUGCCCCUUUGCUGGAUGAAGUUACUGGUAAGAAGAGGACUUCAGGUGCAGUGUGUCGCCAGGACCCACGAACCUGUGAAGAACCUGCUUCUAUACAACCUCAUGUGUGGGCUGAUGACAUCACUAAGUGGCCGAUUUGCACUUACCAAGCCAUGAACAAUCACACAGGGAUCAGGCACAUGGACUGUGAAAUCAAAGGGCGGCCAUGUUGUAUUGGCACUAAGGGCAGUUGUGAGAUAACUACACGGGAAUACUGCACUUUCAUGCACGGCUAUUUCCACGAGGAGGCCACGCUUUGCUCGCAGGUUCACUGUCUGGAUGAGGUUUGCGGGUUGCUGCCAUUUUUAAAUCCGGAAUAUCCUGAUCAGUUUUACCGACUUUGGCUGUCCUUGUUCCUUCACGCUGGGGUUAUUCACUGCUGUGUGUCGGUGGUCUUCCAAAUGACAGUCCUGCGUGACCUGGAGAAGCUGGCGGGCUGGCUGCGAAUAUCCAUCAUCUACAUACUGAGUGGCAUCACAGGGAACCUCGCCAGCGCAUUAUUUUUACCUUAUAGGGCAGAGGUUGGACCAGCAGGUUCGCAGUUUGGCCUCCUGGCUUGCUUGUUCGUAGAGCUGUUUCAGAGCUGGCAGAUCCUGGCCAAGCCUUGGAAGGCCUUCCUCAAGCUUGUGGGUAUCGUCCUCUUUCUGUUCCUAUUUGGACUCCUCCCCUGGAUAGACAACAUUGCCCAUAUAUUUGGUUUUCUCAGUGGGCUGCUCCUCUCCUUCUCUUUCCUCCCGUACAUCACCUUUGGCACAGCGGAUAAGUAUAGAAAGCGUGUUAUGAUCAUCAUUUCCCUGCUGGUCUUCUUUGGACUCUUUGCCUCUCUGGUUAUCUGGCUCUAUGUCUAUCCUAUUAACUGGGCCUGGAUUGAGUACCUUACCUGCAUACCUUUCACCAACAAGUUCUGUGAGAAGUAUGAUAUAGAUCAAGUACUUCACUGAGCUCUUCUUACUUCCCUCAAGGGAUUGAAGAAACAUCCUACAAAAAUCAGCAGCGCCUGACUUGCCAAUAGGAUAGACCAUGUUGGGCCAUUGUGGGCACCAGCAGAUACAGUAGAGAUCUGAUUUAAUGUCUUUCUCCAUCUGCCUGGACAUAUAUGACCCACCAAGUGAAAAAAACUUUUUUUGUGGGAGACAUGAGAUUUGUUGUAAGGUGUCUCCCUAUACUGUGACACUCAGGACUAACCUCUGACCUUGAGAGAACCCUCUGUGCUGAUGUGGACCUCUGGGAGACUAUAUUUCACUGGAGAGGAUAGUAAGAAUAUAUUGUACAUCUACUCAAUGCCUUUCUUCCACCUCAGCCAGCCCCUUUGCACUAUGCCCCUCUGCAGAAACGAGUUACAAAAGGGGUAAGUUAGCACCUAUGUUUACAAAGUAUCUCUGAUCUUAACACUAGAAUAUAAAUGUACCACCUGCCUACACUGAGCCACAUUAUGCACAGAGCUCAGAGGUUACAGAACUAUGUACACAUAUCAGUAAUAUUAACAUACCAUCAGCAUUAUUCAUUCAUUGCCUUUUUCUGCUGUUAGAAAUAAAACCUCUGUACCUGUUAGGGGCGGGGCCACAUCGCCAGAAGACGAAGAAAAUGUAAGUUUUCAUCGGCGGGCAAGGGAUUUUGUAAAUGGUAUUACAAAUUACCUGCAGCUUUUGUAAAUUUGUAAUACCGGCCCCCGACAGCUGUUUUACCGGCUUGGCCGGUAAAAUACCGGCCGGGUGGCAACCCUAGGUCCUGUUCAGUUACCCUUUAUGGGGUAAGCCCACUUUAACUGAACUUCCAAAUAGUGGGGGUGGCACUAGGCCACAUACAUAGGCAGUGCUGAGUGGUAGAUUUAGUUAGGAGCAGGGUUUAUAGUACCAGCUGGAAUAAUAGCCAUAGGGCAGAAUUGUGACUACACAUAUCAUUGUUGCCCAACAUGUGGCCUUUCAGAACCUAACUCUAGCCAAAGGUUGCCGUUGUAGUCCAGCGACAGCCAAAGUGCCAUAGGUUGGACAGUGUGCUUUUAUAUAAUAUCAAUACUGUGGGUGCUAAUAACCUAAUACAGAGGAAUUAACAUUAUGGCCAAUAAAAUAGGGCCUUACUAGUCUCUACCUCCUACUUAAUUUAUCCAUUUGAAAAAAAACAUAUAACAAUAAUAUAUUACACAGAGCAGCUAUUGCUUAUCUUAACUAUAAUGGCUAUCUAACAAGCUUUCCAGGCUCUGUUUCUGUCACCAGAAGUAGGCAUUUAGGGAAAGUGCUCUCAGAUUACUUAAAGUUGUAGAGAAUAGUAAGAGCAAUUAAUGUGACCAGGGAAUGUGGGUAACUACUGACUCCAACAAGAAUAAAAGUCCUGUCUUAAAGGAGAAAUAAGCCCUUUUAAUAACGUUCCCCUCUAUAGUGUUGACCUCUGAAAGAAAUAACCACUUGGUUUCAAUGGGAGUGGAACUACAUCAUUUUCUACUCCGUGCCCCUUCUCUGCCUUGUGGUCAGUGAUUAGCACAAAGUAUGUUCCAACAUACAAUUUUAGUACAAAGUAUGUUCCAACAUACAAUUUUAGCACACUCUCAAAUGGAAAGGCUUAGUGUCCCAACCCUAGUCUGCAAAUUUUUCGGAAAAGUAUUGCAUCCCUUUAAAAACAGCCAAUAAAAUUAUCCAUGCACUGGUCUCCAUAUAAUUGGCAUAAGUGAUCUAAAUGGCAGCUGGGUAGAUAAGUGCAAGGCCGAAUACUCCUCACAUGGCAGCUAGGGUUGGGCUACUGUGCCCUUUGUAAAAUCAGUAGUGGGGGUUUACUUCUCCUUUAAUUCUCAUAGUGAAGAUAAUUGGGUUAAUGCUUGGGCAAUAAAUGUUAACAUGAGUAAUCCUUUCAACUUAAAUUCUAACACAGAUGAACGUGAUUACCCACCCCAUCAUAAUCCAUAUUGAGACCCUGAACCCAAGGUACAUUUCAGUUAAUACAGGAACUCAAUACUAAGGGAUUGUUACAGAAUACAAAUCAUCUCACAGAGCCGUGAAAUAAAGGGCUGUAGUUACGAUGUAUAAAAAAAGUAGAAUAUUUAAAUUUUACUGCCAACUUUUGGCAUAAAAAAACUGUUUUUUAAAAAGAAAAUGCAGACCCUUUUGCUGCGCAAUUGGGUCUCUUUCAGCGUUAUGAAGGCCUCAUUUUGUAUAUGUCACACGCAGCAGAGAUCAUUUGGAUCCUGAGCUUUUUGCUAAAUGUUUAUAUAUAAUUUAUUAUUGAAUAGUGAGGCUGGCGUUUGGCACAAGCUUGGUGCUGCCCAACGGGUGCCUCUCUUUUUUCCAGGGAAAGGCGGUAGCAGGGGGAAAUGGGAACUCUGUUUUGUACAAUGGAGAAUGGCUGUGGGCUGGUUGUUUUGUAUGUGAAAUUGGUCGCAUCCAGGAGGCCAGAAGAGAUUUUGAAAUAAAGACAUUUGGCUGCCACUUUCA